AUGGUUUUUCUGACGCACUGGAUUUCAACUUUUGGUGUUCCAGCCACCCUUACUACUGACCGCGGGAGUCAAUUCCAAUCUAGCCUCUUCCGUGAGUUCACUAAACUGUUCGAGUGUGCGCAAAUCACAACCACGGCAUAUCCCCCUGCCUCCAACGGCCUCGUGGAACGUCUACACAGUCAACUCAAGUCCGCACUGAUGUCUCAAACAGAAUCAGCUUCUUGGAGUGACAAUUUCCAUCUUGCCUUUUUGGGCAUCCGAUCUUCUGUCAAGGAGGACAUCCAAUGCACUGCCGCCGAAAAUGUGUACGGUACACCCCUCCGUCUGCCCGACGAAUUUGUGCAGUCUUCCACGACAAACACCAACAUCCCGAGCAACUUCGUUCAGCAGUUGAAGCAACGCAUGGCUCAAAUGCGUCCAACGCCCACUCGUCUGACAUUGAAACGUGCGUUUGUGUAUGAGGACCUUCAAUCUUCUCCAUUCGUUUUCGUCCGGCAUGACGCGGUUCGCAAGUCUCUUUGUUCCCCAUAUGAUAGCCCGUAUAAGGUUCUUCAGCAGAUGGGAAUGUAUUACGUCAUUCAGAAGGCUGACAAAACUGACACAUUCUCCAUCGACAGACUUAAGCCAGCCUAUCUUGAGUGCGUCCCGCCGUCAGUUGUGCCACCGACUUCCUCGGCACCGUCCUCAUCCGCUCCACCCGUUUCGGUCCCCACGACUCAACCACCACACUCGACCACCCACCCACCCAUCCUGAUUCUCCUUCUUCUACACCACGCCCAUAAUCUCGUUCUGUAA